AUGUCGCUCGAAAGCAAACCCCUGACGUCUCGUCCUUGGGAAGACUCCGUCAUACUCAAGCAUCUGAACACAUUAAAAAGGGACGAAGAAAAGCAGAUUAUCACUCAACGCGCCAAAACCAUAAACGACACUGAAAAUCAACAUCUAGCUCAUGCUGGCUACAAUGAAAGCGUUCUUACUAUUGGAAAAGAGGGGUUUUUCCUUCGAAAACAAGAUGGUCAAGCGAAAAAAUUGCCGCCAAGCUGGCUGACUAUUCAUGAAACCGUGGUUCAUGAGAAUGAGACGGAAAAGAAACGUAGCCAAGAAAAUUCUAUCCAGACAACCGAACAUUUUGCCGGAAGGAAUGAUUCUUUUUCAACUACAUCUUCGGCGCCAAUAGCAAAUGGGACUCCUCUUUUGACUGACGAUCUCGCUGUUAUUCCUCAUACAACCAAAGAGGAUUUGGCAAAGAAAGUAGAGCCCAAGAAAAUGGACAAGUCAUCACCGAGCCAUCAACAGCAACCGACUGAACUCCCAUCUGUUGAUCUGACGAUCCCUAGUAGACGACGGGUGAGGCGGCAUGUUGGACAGAUCAAGCAUCAGGAAUCGGGAGGAAUGGUUGAUGAUGCGCUUGCAUUGGAUGAGUUUGACUGGGAAACUCCAGAAGAACAGCUUCCAAAAGGCAGGAAAGCGAAAGAUGCGAAUGGAUGGUUGGAAAUUGACAUGAAAUCACCUACGAAACCAACGCCGGUUCGAUUCCUAGAAAACAAGUUGCCCAUAGUCACUGCUGAUGAUUAUUAUGACCAACAAGGAGAGGAAGAAGUUCCUACCACUGGUUAUCAGAGAUUGUGUGCGGGAGGUAGUUGUUCAACACCCAUUAUACCUUCAAUGAUUGACAAGGAAAUAUCCAGUAGUGAGCCGGCAAUCCAGGAUGAUCAUGUGGAACCCAGGACCUUCUGGGAGAAAGGUCUUUGGCUGACUGCAAGUGGAAUUGCGAUGUUCGUUGAAAGUGAACUGAACACAGUUGUGCGCCAUGCAUUUGACGCAAGUCAAGCAUUUCCCGCAGAUCGUUCCUUGAAAGCUGAGCAGAACAAAUAUUCUUCGCAUUACCCGUGAAGAAUUUUCCUGCACGUGAACGUCGUCAAAAUUAUCAAAUUUCACACGUCGGAGAAAGAAAUGAAAGAUCACCAUGGACGCCAAACAUCCUCAUCACUUGAAUAAUAACCUGACGAGCCGUGACUUCCGUACGACGAAGCACAAGAAGAUGACGAAGAUUUUUUCGCACCCACUCGCAAAUCGAGUCCUUCAUCAUCUUCCGAACCUGACGAGAAACCACCAGAUGCCACACGACGAUCGUCACGCACCAACACACGAACUGGCAUGAGAAGACCUGCGCGAGAAGCACGAGACGCAAAAUCCCCAUGCAUCAUCAUGGUCUCAUCGACUGAUGACGAUGUUGAAGCAGAUGAGGCAGCUCGCAUUCGGUGCAAGGCUUUCUGAUAUGGAGCCAUAGCAGCCAAAGGUGAUGGUGGCGGUGAUACAAUUGGGUCUUGUCGAACUGCAACAGGUGUGGUGACACGGAUGGGAGAGGUUUUGUCUGCCGUAUCCAUCACCAUGAGACAUUCGUGCAAGUGUGACAUAAGUCCACGGGUAGCUGGAUGCAUAUUCUCUUCUGACGAAACUCUCUGCGCAACCUGGAGAAUAAAAUAACUUAUCCGUCAAAAA